AUGAAGUGUUUUCAAUUGGUAUCAAUUUUGGUUAUAGCACCGAUUCUAUUCGGUCAUUCUGAGGCAAACGAUUUUUCAUCAUUUUUGAGUGCAAACGCUUCAUUGGCCGUUGUGGUUGAUCAAGAAUACAUGCAACAACGUGGAGAAAAUAUACUAGCAAGCUUUCAAAAAAUUCUCAGUGACAUUAUCCGAGAAAACUUAAAAAACGGUGGCAUUAAUGUUAAAUACUUCAACUGGAAUGCAGUACGUUUAAAGAAAGACUUUCUUGCUGCUAUGACUGUGACUGAUUGCGAGAACACGUGGAAAUUCUACGAAGCAACUCAUCUCUCAUCCAUUCUACUAAUAGCUAUAACAGAUUCCGAUUGUCCUCGUUUACCACUUAACCGCGCCAUUAUGAUACCCAUUGUAAACAAUGGAGAAGAGUUUUCACAGAUAUUACUGGACUCUAAGAUGCAACAAAUACUAAAAUGGAAAACAGCUGUUGUCUUAUUGGACCAAACUAUAUUGACUGAAAAUACAAAUUUGAUUAAAUCAGUAGUACUUGAGAGUAGUCAGAGUCGCAUACCACCAAUAUCAGUCCUACUGUAUACAAUCGACGACACACUGCGCGGUCAGAAAAGACGUCAAGCGAUCAGAAAUGCAUUAGCGCCAUUUACAUACAAACCAACUGAGAAUCAUCAUCAGUUCUUGAUAGUAUCAAAAUUUCAUGACGAGAUCAUAGAAAUUGCUGAUAGCAUGCAGAUGUUCCAUAUAAACAAUCAAUGGUUUUUCAUAAUUCUGGGCGAUGAGCAAACAUACAAAAGUUUCGAUCCAGCUAUAGUUACACAGAACUUAGCUGAAGGCACUAAUAUAGCGUUUGCUUUGAAUGAAACAGACCCAAGUUGUGUGCAUUCAAUAAACUGCACAAUUGCUGAACUGUCAAUGGCUUUCGUAACUUCAAUAUCACGUAUGAUACACGAAGAGCAGUCGAUUUAUGGUGAAAUAUCUGAUGAAGAAUGGGAAUCCAUACGUUACACUAAGCAGGAGAAGCAAGAUGAAAUCUUAAAUUAUAUGAAAGAUUAUUUGAAAUUAAAGAGCAGCUGCACAAGCUGUUCACGUUGGCGUAUUAUUACUGCGAUUACAUGGGGACGUACACAGGAACAUUAUAAAUUUCGUCCUGUGACAAGAGAGGGACGAAAUAAGAAUUUUGAGUUUAUCAAUAUUGGUUACUGGAGUCCAGUUAAUGGUUUUGUGACACAUGAAUUAACUUUUCCACACAUUCAACACUAUUUCCGAAAUAUUACUCUAGAUAUUGUAACUAUGCAUAAUCCACCUUGGCAAAUACUCAAGAAAGAUAACAAAGGUGCUGUUGUAGAGCAUAGUGGCAUUGUUAUAGAAAUUCUGAAGGAGCUCAGCCGCAUGCUAAACUUUACAUAUCACUUUUAUGAAGUAAAAAGAGUAGAUGAAGACGAUUUACUCUAUAAUAAUGAAAACAAUACCUUAACGGGCUCCUUGACACAUAUAAUACCUUAUAAUGUCAUAGAUUUAAUGCAAGGAAGUCGAUUUUUUAUGGCUGCUGUCGCUGCUACUAUUGAUGAGCCACAUAAAAAGCCUUUCAAUUAUACGCAGCCUAUAAGUGUACAAAGAUAUUCCUUUAUAUUGCGCAGACCAGAUGAAGUUAGCAGAAUUUAUCUCUUCACAGCACCAUUUACACUGGAGACUUGGGGUUGCUUAUUAGGCGCAAUGGCCUUAACUAUACCAGUGCUAUAUUUGAUCAAUUACUUUGUGCCAAUGGAGCACCUAAGAAUGCGUGGCUUAUGCACUUUGAGAAAUUGUUUUUGGUAUGUCUACGGAGCACUACUGCAGCAAGGAGGCAUGUACUUACCAAAAGCUGAUAGCGGUCGUCUGGUUAUCGGUUUCUGGUGGCUUGUUGUUAUUGUUCUGGUGACAACUUAUUGCGGCAAUUUGGUGGCCUUUUUAACUUUUCCCAAAUUUCAACCUGGAGUUGAUUAUCUGUUUCAACUAUUCAAAGGCAAGAAUAUUGAACAAUUUGGAUUACGAAAUGGAACUUUAUUUGAAAAAUACGCAGCGACCUCUGUGCGAACUGAUUUUAAUAGAUAUAUGGCUAGAGCAAAGAUCUACAGUAAUCCACAAGAUGAAGACAUUAAUGCAGUUAAAAGUGGUAAAAGGGUUAAUAUUGAUUGGCGCAUAAAUUUACAACUAAUCGUACAAAAUCAUCUUGACAAGGAUAAAGAAUGUAAAUUCGCACUUGGUAAAGAGAAUUUUGUGGAUGAACAAGUCGGCUUAAUUAUGCCUAGCAACAAUCCAUAUCUGCACUUGAUCAAUGAAAAAAUAACGCGUCUUUUUCAAAUGGGUUUCAUUGAGAGGUGGCACCAAACGAAUUUGCCUUCAAUGGAGAAAUGCAAUGGAAAAGGUGUACUCCGACAAAUCACCAACCACAAAGUAAAUUUAGAUGAUAUGCAAGGAUGCUUUCUCGUACUAUUAUUAGGAUUCGCAAUUUCUAUAUUCAUUUUGUUUAUUGAAUAUUGGUUUUAUCGACUAUACGUCGUAGACAGAGAAAACAAUAGAGCUAUUUUUACAACAUAAAAUAUAUAUGAUGAUCCACGUUUAAAGAAAACUUA